AUACGGCAAAUGAGAAUUUUUUAAGAAACAGAGACAGUGUUUGUUAGGCAGUACGGUAAACUCUGAGUUGAGACUUGAGAGCAAAGCCAAAACUACAUAUUUUCUCCAAAAGUAGUUCCUCAGAUCUUACACUUUUGUGCAACAACCGACCCAAAUUGCUGCUAUCAAAUUUCUGCUGGUUCUUCAUCUCCGAAUUACUUAGAUCUUAUUGAAUUGGAGGAAUUCGCCAAUGAAGUUAUUAUAUGUGUUAACUUAGGUUUAGUUGAACUGCCUGAAAGUCAAUUCAAUUGGUGAUUGCGUUUGUUGCCGUUAUGGGAGAAUUGACGUAUGAAAUCGGACAGAAUGCGUAUAUAAAGAUAGUAUUACACGCCUUAAAGCAUAAAUCGAGCGCCGUUAAUGGCGUUUUGGUAGGAAGAUAUGAUGCUGGCAAGGGAAUUGUCCAAAUUUCUGAUGCUGUCCCUCUUUUUCAUUCCAACACUGGUCUCCUUCCGUCCUUAGAGAUCGCUCUGAUGCAAAUAGAAGAGCAUUUUGCCAGUCAAGAGGUGAGCUUGGUGGGAUAUUUCCAUGCAAAUGAAAGAUCUGAUGAUUAUGACCUCAGUAACGUGGCCAAAAACAUUGGCGAUCAUCUUUGUCGGUACUUUCCCCAGGCUGGAAUCCUUUUGCUGGACAAUCGGAAACUGGAAGCUUUGCCUAAGGUGAAAGACCGAAGCCCCGUGAUGCAGUUAUAUUCAAGAGAUGGAUCCAAAUGGAAGGUAGAAGAGAACAGCCAUCUAGUAAUGAAGGAACCAUCAGCAAACAUGAUAUUGUUGGACUAUGUAUCAACUCAGAAAUGGGAAGGGAUUAUUGAUUUUGACGAUCACCUUGAUGACAUUAGCAAGGAUUGGCUUAAUGCUGAAUUGUUCAAGUGAGAUAUCUAGAGUUCCAUAUUUCAUAUGAGCUUGAUCUGGCUGCUUUUCGAACAUGGCACUCGGGCUAAGAAAAGCGGAUGGUCAAAUGAUUUUAUUGGUUCAGAUCUCGUAGAAUUCUCCUUCGUUGUCUUUCUUAUUAUUUUUUGAAGUUUUGGUAAUCCAGAAUUUUAUACACUGCCUUUUGGCUUUCUUUUCAUUGCCAAGGCUAUUUAAGAAAUUGAAGAAACCAUAAUUACAUAGACUUACGUUCCUUCAUAUUUGUUUGUCGUCUUUAUUCUUCUUUCAGUUGGUGGUGGUUAUGUUCUUGAUAAGUUGCCAUCGAAUUUGUUUAUAGAUCCCUCCCUCUAAUCCCUUCAUUUUGCCUAUGCCGUUCAUUCUUACAACUGGGGGAUCCAUUCCUAGAGCCCAAACAGGCCUAUAUAUGGGUAAAAAUCGCCAGAAACUCGGAAUUAACAGCCCGUGGGGUUGGACUCGAAGACUGCCCCAAACUGGCCUGAAAAGCCCAGAAUUUGGCCUGUGAGCUGAUGACUGAUGGGCUAUAUUCUCUUAUCGAAUAUCGACUGUGCCUCCAGCGAGGUUGAAUUCUGUGACUUUGUUAUCGAGCAUCACAGGAAGAUAAUAUUGAAAGAAUAUUAUAGAUUUAUGAAAAAUAUUUUUAAAAAAAUGUCUACUCCUUUAAUCACACCAAAAAUUAUCAUGUCUGUAAUUAUCUGAAGAGAAUACUUAAGUAUGUUUCCAGGUAAGAAGAGAAUACUUAAUU